AUGUCUCGGAUAUUAAUUUCGGUAUUGUUAUUGUUACCUUGCUUUGUUAAUUUUAUAAGCGCAUCCUGUCUGCUGCAACCAGCUCCAUUUAUCACGACCUCACCUCGCACUCCUGGAGAUGGCGGGUUUAAGAUAUCAUUUAGUGGAAACAAUUCCAAGUAUAUUCCUAAUACUAUUUAUUCUGUCAGCAUUCGAAGUGAUCCAGCACUACUGUUAACAAAUCCGACAGCAAACAUUCCAUCGUUUUCCCGCUUCCGGUUGAUAGUAGACUCCCAGCACUCUCCAAACAGCCCGGUAUCAAAAGUCGGCUCAUUCCAGCUCUACCCAGACGGCUUAACGUCAUUCGACGAGGAUUGUAUUAACACAGUAAUCGAGUCGGUCGAUUACCCAAAGUCAGAGGUCCAGGUGAUGUGGAGAUCGCCUCCAGUGGGCUCGGGGUGUGUCAUUUUUACAGCGAUGGUGAUGACAAGUCCCUCUGUUUGGCACGCCGCGGAUGGAAAAUUGGUCAAGCAUUUCUGCGAAGCAAGUAGUGAUGACAUUGCUAGCUCCGACGACCAACUUUGCUGUGCUUGUGAUGAGGCCAAGUAUUCUCUAAUCAUGGAGGGAAUUUGGUCGAAAACAACGCAUCCCAAGGACUUCCCCUUCUCAGCUUGGCUGACGCACUUUAGUGACCUAAUUGGAGCUUCUCACGAGCCUUCUUUUUCAUUCUGGGGAGCUGAUCACAUUGCAACUGACGGAUUCCGUCAAUUGGCCGAGUGGGGCUCAGCUUCUGGAUUGGAGGCUGAAUUGAGGGCCAAGUCCCAGUAUUUGAGGACUCUGGUCAAAGCUGCGGGGCUUUGGUACCCAAAUGUCAACACCAAUACUACCACCAGUUUUCGGGUUGACAAAAAACACCCGUUAUUGUCAGUCGCUUCGAUGCUGGGACCAAGUCCUGACUGGGUGGUGGGAGUGAGCAAGUUGAACCUCUGCGAGCGCGAUUGCAGCUGGAAAAAAAGUCUCAUUAUAGACUUGUACCCCUGGGACGCGGGAACAGACAACGGAAUCACCUAUAUGUCGCCCAAUUCCGAGACGAUACCCAGGGAGAAGAUGAAGCCUAUCACAACCUUGUACCCAGAGGAUCCCAGAAGCCCGUUUUAUGACGCAACUGGAAAACCAAUGCUGCCCCUUGCUAGAUUAUACAUCAAUAGGGAGAAAAUAAUUGAACGGGGGUGUGAUGAAAAACUCAAGGAACAGAUUGCUGAAUUUGAAGUCGCUGAGAAUACCGAAGACACUUCGCGACCUGAAUGCGCGACGACGGAAUACUCUGCAUGGUCUUCUUGUUCAGUAACUUGCGGUAAAGGGCUGAGGAUGCGGACGCGCUCGUAUUUAAUCCCGGAAAAAGCUCAAAUGUUUAAUUGUUUCAGAAUGAAGACCAGGAAGUUCCUCAACAAAAUGGGCCGCAAGAAGUGCCCGCUUGUGCCGGUAGUCGACAAGGAAAAAUGUAUGGGUCCACCAUGUCCUUCUGGAAGCGAAUUAAUCGACCCGACGUGUCCAGUCACUGAUUGGUCGGACUGGUCGCCCUGCAGCGCUAGUUGCGGCAAGGGAGUCAAAAUUAGAACGCGGCUUCUAAUGGUCGACCCGGCGCGCCAAGAAGAGUGUUCUGCUAAAGUGGAGCACAUCCAGCAGCGCUCUUGUUUGGUCCAGGCUGAUUGUACCUUCGACAUGGCCACCGCGAAGGUCGUUUGCAUGGAAGAAGCCGAUGUGGGUCCUUGUCGCGGAUACUUCCAGCGCUGGGCCUUCGAUCCUAAGAAACUUACUUGUAUGUCUUUUGGAUACGGAGGCUGUCGCGGGAAUCGCAACAAUUUCUUGACUUUUGAAGAGUGCUCCAGCACUUGUGGAAUUGUCAAAGCUGCACUUACUGGCCAGGAACCUUCUGGGCAGUCUGUUAAUUCUCAGCCCCCGCCGAUUGAUUGUAUGGUUUCUGAGUGGUCACCUUGGUCACCUUGUAGUGUUACCUGUGGGUCUGGAAAAUUAACGAGCUUUAGAAUGAUAAAG